AUGGCGUUUAUUGAUAGUCUGAAGCUCAGCCAACUCAACAUUCUGGGCCAAAGGCGAAGGUACCCGGUGAAGAAGACUAUGAAUCUUCCUCCAAAAGACCCCAAUAGACGACCACCAGACGACAAUUAUAUUGGACCCUUACUAAAAACGCAGGGAUUACAGAACAUACUGGUGAUGGUAGAUACAUAUACCAGCUACGUUGCCGUGUCCCCAGCUGCACAUGCCGACCAGAGAGGAACGCUGAAAGGCCUGUGGUUACUUAGCCAGUGGAUAGGCCCACCUGCCUGCAUCCAGUCGGACAAUGGGUCUCAUUUUAGAGGUCAAAUGGUCCAACAGUGGGCGGCCGAGCACGAAGGACACAGGAACUACUACGUGGAGCCUCACAGUAUUGCUUUUGAUCUCUGCAUGCUGUAUAUCAGUGAACAAGAAGUGCUGGACGUGUCUGCCCUCCAGCAGCACCAAAGCUCCUCUUCAUCUACUACAUCGCAUAACCGGACUCUGGCCAUGGAAUUCCCAUCAGAAGACAUUUUUUUAAUGACAACUUCUCCAGUUAUAAAAGCUGUAACGAAUUUCAAACAGGUCUCCAAAACACUUGAGGAAUUUGAUGUAGAAGAGCAACCAAGCUCUCUGUUAGAAAGACGAUAUCCCAAUAUUAAAGUUAUACAGUCUGGAGUAAAACAAUUGAAAAGUGAUGAACAUAAAAUUUUCACUGAAGAUGGGAAAGAAUAUAUGUAUGAAAAACUUUGCCUGUGUGCUGGAGCAAAACCAAAAUUAAUUUUUGAAGGAAACCCAUAUGUGUUAGGAAUCCGGGAUACUGACAGUGCACAGGCUUUUCAGAAGAAUUUGGCUCAAUCUGAGAGAAUAGUAGUGGUAGGAAAUGGUGGGAUUGCACUUGAAUUGGUGUAUGAAAUUCACGGCUGUGAAGUAAUCUGGGCUAUCAAAGACAAAGCCAUCGGGAACACUUUUUUUGAUGCAGGAGCAGCUGAAUUUCUCACUCCAAAGCUAACUGCUGAAAAACGAGAGACUCCAAUUGAAUGUAAAAGAACCAAAUAUACAAUGGAAGGAAGUGAGGAAAAAGAAAGACGUAGAGCAGCAUCUGACAAACCGGGCAGUGCCUUAGGCCCCGAUUGGCAUGAGGGCUUAUGUCUUAAAGGGACUAAAGAGUUUUCUCAUAAAGUACAUAUUGAAACACUAUGUGAAGUAAAGAAAAUAUACUUACAGCAAGAAUUUAUACAACUGCAACGGACUUCUUUGACUUUUCCUAAGGAAGAGAAAAAUGUAGAACCAGACAAGGUGCUAUGGCCUGUAUAUGUGGAAUUAACUAAUGGAAAAAUUUAUGGAUGCGAUUUCAUUGUCAGUGCAACUGGAGUUGUGCCAAAUGUUAAACCAUUUCUUGAUGGCAAUAACUUUGCUGUAGGUGAAGAUGGAGGUCUUAAUGUAGAUAAACACAUGCGCACAUCCCUGCCAGAUAUAUAUGCAGCUGGAGAUAUCUGCACGGCGUCGUGGGAACCUAGUCCCGUGUGGCAUCAGAUGAGACUGUGGACUCAAGCUAGGCAGAUGGGAUGGUAUGCAGCAAAAUGCAUGGUAGCAGAUACUUUAGGGGAAUCUAUUGAUAUGGAUUUCAGCUUUGAACUAUUCGCCCAUGUUACAAAAUUUUUCAAUUACAAGGUGGUGGUAUUGGGGAAAUACAACGCUCAAGGCUUGGGUUUAGACCAUGAACUCAUGCUGAGGUGUACCAAGGGACAAGAGUAUGUUAAAGUCGUGAUGCAGAAUGGCCGAAUGAUGGGAGCUGUGCUGAUUGGUGAAACGGACUUGGAAGAAACCUUCGAAAACUUAAUUUUAAAUCAGAUGGAUCUUUCAGCCUAUGGUGAAGAUCUCCUGAAUCCAGAUAUUGAUAUAGAAGAUUAUUUUGAUUGAACAAAACCCCGUUUUGACACCAAGUAAUGUGUCUUAUAAAACUGUUUCCUCAGGAUUACCAGAAAUGAGGGAUAAAUGCAAUUCCUUAUUAAGAUUUUGCGUUGAUUUUGUCAAAAUACUGACCGGCAAAUUAAAUUGAUCUGUGUAGAAAUGCAGCCACAAAAGCAAGUGGAUUAGUGUCAGCAAAGAGUUUUCAUCUAGAUUAGAUGAGCGUGUUGGGAACAGGGCUAGAACAGUCUUAAAAAAUGGGCUUCGCUGCACUGUUAAGGUAGCACUGCAUUCACUUGAAUGCGAGGUAGCCUUUGCUUUUUAAAAGUAAAUAAAACGUGUUAAAUCCC